AACGACACAUCACUAGAGGAGACUCCUUUCAGCAACAUUUCUUCUUCACUUCAGUCUUCAGUUAGGAUCGAUAUCAACUCCACGUCUGACUAGUGUCGCUCCAGUGUUGUGUUUGCUAGCAUUUCAGAUCAAUAGUUGUGUGUUUUCUUAACUCCUCCGGCUCUCGUAGUGAGUUAUAAACUCUCCACACCUCGGUUAAACUCGUCUCUUCAGCUGGUCUGUUCAGGUAGAGCUAGUUUACAUUAGCAGCAGCAGCUAGCAGUAGAUUAACGUCUUAUAACCGAGGCUGUCCUGCCAGGUUACAUCAACUAAAGCUGGGAGGCGCUGCUCAGCCACAAUGCUGAGCCCGGCUGGUUUGGCCUGUUUUCAUUGUCUCCGAACAUCGAACAUCGAACAUCGAACAAAGUAGGUGUCUCAGUGUCAGCUAGUCAGGUUGUAAACAAACCCCCCCCCCCCCAGUCAGCUGUCCACUCCUCCAGACAAUAACAACUUCAGAAAGGCUCAGUGUUCAGUAUGGCGCAACACCAACACUCUCAUGUAGCCAGUUCACAGAAAGCUCUCAUGCUGGAGAUGAAGAGCCUUCAGGAGGAGCCUGUCGAGGGAUUCAAGAUCACACUGGUGGACGAGGCUGACAUGUACAACUGGGAAGUGGCCAUCUUUGGACCCCCAAACACUCAUUAUGAAGGGGGGUACUUUAAGGCUCGGAUCAAGUUCCCUAUAGACUACCCAUACUCCCCACCGGCCUUCCGCUUCCUCACCAAGAUGUGGCACCCCAACAUCUACGAGAAUGGAGAUGUGUGUAUUUCUAUAUUGCACCCUCCAGUGGACGACCCUCAGAGUGGAGAGCUGCCUUCAGAGAGGUGGAAUCCCACCCAGAACGUCCGGACCAUUCUGCUGAGUGUGAUCUCACUGCUGAAUGAACCCAACACCUUCUCUCCCGCCAACGUGGACGCCUCCGUCAUGUACCGCAAAUGGAGGGACAGCAAGGGCAAAGACCGGGAAUAUGUAGAGAUCAUCAGGAAACAGGUAUUGGCCACCAAGGCGGAAGCUGAGCGCGACGGCGUGAAGGUGCCCACCACACUGGCCGAGUACUGCAUCCGCACGCGUGCCCCGGCCCCCGACGAAGGCUCCGACCUCUUCUAUGACUAUUACUACGACGACGAUGACGUGGAUGGCGAGGACGGCGACUGCUGCUACGAUGAAGACGACUCGGGCAACGAGGAGUCGUGACAUGCCUUUAGACCACGAUCUAGCUGACGUACGCUGCCCGUUUUCUCCGUCUGGGUUGCCAGAAAUUCUUGGUCUACAAACCAAGAAAGAUUUGAAGCUUCCCACUUCUAAACCGACGAAAAAGAGCCGUUAUUUCCUGAGCCGCUGAGGUGAAAAUCGAUGCACCGUUGUGGAAGGGUCAGACCUGGUCAAAUUUGCACCAGCACACAAAAAUCACCAGUUUCUUCAGUUUUGCAGACAUUAUCAUUCUAAUUAUCACCUAAAACCUUACUUAUGUAAUCCUAUUGAGUUGUUCAGUCCCCUGUACAGUAUAUAGUAUCGUGGGGUUAAUACCACUUUUAACAACAGCAACAUUUGCACUGGUGCAAACUAUUCCAAACGUUGCUCAGCCUCUUUCUCAUAUCUUUAUUUCCCUAAUUGUAACUGGGCGUUGCUCACCAGUAGUUGGUCUCAGCGACUGACAGAAGAUCGAGAACUUCAAGCAGCCGGAUUGCACUGAACAUCAAUCCAUUGAAUCAGACAUUUCCAAGUUUCACAAUCUUCGAUAUGACGGGGAUGACACGGGACCGUGUUUUCAAAGUUCUCGUGCAUGCCAGAACAACAUCGGAAAGCUUUUUGUCCCUUUUUACCGAUGGGCUGUUUACCUACAUCACGAUCAGCUCGGCGAGAAGAAAGACUUGUGUUGACUGAGAUCCCAGAGAACUCUGUAAUCUGGAGGUCCUGCUGGCAAACUGAGUCAGUGGGUGAAAUCCUCAUGUGAACAGUUUUGGUAACAAGAUCUUUUGCUGUGUUUUCUUCUGGUUACUGUUGGAUGUGUUUCUGUGUCAUUUUGAGUGUGGGGUUAUGUUAUUUGAAGUAGCUCAGAUUUAAGAGACGUGUAGGGAAGUUUUUCAGCGUGGGGGGGCAGAACUAAUUACUGAUCAUAAUUGUAUUUCUCCUCAGGUUUGCUCUCUGAGAGGCCUGAUGGAGCCAAAGACGUAAAGCAGUGUAAAAGAAAGCCCAAAACAUUUUCUGACUGUUUGUUGUAUUCUUGUCUUUGCAGGCUUCUGUUAUUUUAGUCUCUUUCUUUCGUUAGACAUUAUGCCUGCAAUAUUUUGCUCGAGAUUGAUUCAUGUGAUGAGAUUAUUAGGUUUGAUUGGCAAAAAAAAAAAAAGCUCCUGUAGGAAAAGUGUCUGUCAAAAGGUGUUGUUGCAGUAUCAGUCAGGAUUAUCAAAGUUUUUCAGCCCCGGAAGUGAACGAGUUCAAGGCCGCCAUCAUGUUAUAUUUUCAUUUCUAUUCUUUGUGUCAGCGGGGAGUAUACAGGUUUUCAUAUAAUUUUUAGAGUGCAUGGGUCUCCUGUGUGUAUUUUUGCAUCAGCAAUAUUGAUUGUUUAAUUUACUCAAAUUAAGACUUCAUACUGAAUUUCUCAGGAUAAUGAAUUACAUUUGACAAAAUAAUUAAGACAAGCAACUAUUUUUCCUCUUUUAGGUGAGUUGGUUUACAGCUUCAACAGGAACCAUAACUGAUAUGCACAUGUAGCUGUAUGGAUGAUCGCCUGUAUUGUUUUAUUCACCUGUGUUUGUUUUUUAUUUUCGGCUAUUUAAAACGGAAAAAUAAAGAUUUAUUGGGAAAAAAAA